AUGGAGAAGUCCACGUUCCUCACAGCCCUCUGGCCGUCCCCCAGACAAACACACAGAUUCCAAACCAUCAAAACUGAGACCUCGACCGCCGACGACGACGACGACAACAACUGCACUGACUCAGAAGGCCUCCUGGCAUCGAGCUCCCGCAGGACGAAGACCCCCGCAAGAAAGCCCGCACUCUCAACGACCUGGAUAUGCCUAACAACCGCAAACCUCGCGAUGAUGAGCAUCACGGCCUCCGUCUUCCUCAGCGCCAAAUUGCAGGGUACUGGCAGUGGUAGCGGCAGCUCUGAGAAAAACGCCAUCCUCAGACCAGUCUCGUGGUGGUCGCCCAUCCUCGACGCCGUCGAAAUCCCAACCUACGAAACCACCCUCAACGGCACGCUCUUCCCGCUCCCCGAACCCUCCAUCGCGCGCCAGGAGCCCGGCCCCGACAACGACGCCGCCUGGGCCCAGUACGAGCGCAUCCUCACCACAUCCGUCACCCGCGCCGACAUCCUCAAGCUCGGCAAGGACCCCGACACCGUGGCGCGCUUCGACGACGCAUACUGGGGGCUCGGCGACGACGCGUACAUGGUCCAGUUUGACCACGGUGACGAUCUCGGACACGCCGCGCGACAAAAUGCACUGGAUCCACCUGGGCCACUGCCUCGACAUCCUGCUGCAGAACCUGCGGUGCAACGCCAACACGGAGGUCCUGACGCUGGCCUGGGUCGAGGGGCUGCGCGAGCCCUGGCCCGACUUCAGCAUCAACCGCAAGUGCCGCGCCCUCGACGCGAUCGUCGACUACCAGGUCCGGAACACGGUGGACGAAGGGAAAUUCAAGCGCAUGGUACGGCCGGAUGGGGCGUUUGUUUGGCCGUCGCCUUGGACGCAGGGGAGUGA